UCUAAGGCGCAGUAAAUAAGCCAUCGAAUCAAAACUGAAUCGGCACCCAUAGCCACUACGGCGGCUGAAUUGUAAGAUGGACACCCCCUGCUACAAAAAGGCCGGCCGGGGAAUUCAUCAGGAGAGGAAUACAGUUGAAAUCUUUGGUAUUAUCUUGUCCCGGUUGUCACUAAAGGAUGCAGUGGCUACUAGCAGCCUUUGUAAGGAAUUUCGAUAUAUGUGGAGGUCUAUUGACUCGCUAGAUUUUGAUGCGGCUGAAAUCCUACGGGGAUUCUUGGCGGAGAAGGACCGGGAAGUGAGAGACCGGAAAACCCUUGAUUAUGUAAACUGGGUUACUCGUGUCGUGAGACAGCUUAAGGAGGAGGAUGGCAAUUUGAAACUUUUCAGGGCUUGUUUUUGUCGAAUCGAUGAGAGGUAUAGGAGUGAAGUUGAUGAAUGGGUUCAGUUUGCGAUGACAAGGAGGGUUGAAGUUCUGGUAUUGGAAUUUCUGGCAGGUUGUUCUGCUAACUUUUACCUCUUUCCACACAAGUUAACAGGCUUUGACAGCCUCAAGGCUCUAGAAUUGGAAUUUGUGGAUGUGACACAAGAUACCCUCGACGACUUGGUGCGUAACUCCCCUAGUCUUGAGAGGUUAAGGGUGUCGUUUACCCAUUCUUUGAUCAAGGUAGCGUUAAUUGGCAAUCGGAACCGCCCCGUUGCACUCAAGUCUCUGGUGAUGAGUCGUAAUCGGCACCUAAAAGCAAUUGAGAUUCGUAAUGCCCCUCUCCUGGCUUUACUGUCAUAUGUUGGGCAUCCUAUAGAUGUGGUUGUUGAGAAUGUACCACUAUUGAGUGAGGCCAACCUUUCCUACCGUUCAUCCAACAAAGAUUGCAUCGCACUCCCUUUCAGCCAGCUUUCAUCUUGUAUUUCUCAGCUGCACACUCUCAUGAUGGACAUCCAUUGCAUGGACGUGAAGGUCUAUAAGGAGAAUCAUGAAAUCCCUGCAUUACCAAAUCUCAAGUGUUUUGAUUUGGUAGUUUAUGCAGAUAAAUGCUGGGAUAGUCUUCGUAUGUUGACCUCUUUCCUCAAGGCAUUCCCUCGUUUGGGCACUCUUGUGUUGAAGAUGGAAUUCUUAGAUUCUUAUUUUAGUUGUGAUCCACGCACAUCAUACAUACCGAGAUAUGGAGAGAAAGUUACCACAUACCCACAUCGUUACCUAAAGGUAUUAGAAAUAGUAAGGUAUCGCCAUCGUUUAAAUGCUGUGGAACAUGUGAGACACGUGAUAGAGACUGCUAUUGCUCUGGAGAAAAUUGUUAUUAAUCCUGUUCAUUGGGAAUUUCAUCAUACUGGAGCUGAUAGGAGAAAAGAACAUGCCUUGAUGGAGGAAGUUGCAAGAAAAGGUGCUGUGGACAUGCUGAAAAAAGAAGUGCCUUCAACAAUAGAAUUCGUGGUUUUGUAGACUAUGCUCUGUAAUGUGUCUGACUUUUAGUGCCUUCAACUUUUAACUUCCAUUUGACUCCAAAAUUUUAUCCGGAAGACUUUUAGUGAGUAUUACUUCUUUA